GCGGCGGCGGCGGCUUCAGCCAUGUCAGCGGGCGGCUCGGGGCAGCGGGAGCCGGGGGCCUCGGGCGGGCGUCGGAGCAAAUGGGACCAGCCGGGGCCUUCGCCAGCUCUCUUCCUCCUUCCUGCUACCACCCCUGUGGCCGGCCGCCCCAUGCAGGGCAGCGGAGACGGGAUGUCGGGGUCCGAAGGCUCAGCGGCUCCUUUGGGUGCCUUGGAUGCCGCCGCGGCGGUGGCCGCGAAAAUCAACGCCAUGUUGAUGGCAAAAGGGAAGCUGAAGCCCUCGGCCAACUCCGCAGACAAGCUCCAGGCUCCAGGGAAAGGUCUCUCGGCGAACAAAAGCAAAGAUGAUCUCGUGGUGGCGGAAGUGGAAAUCAACGACGUGCCACUCACAUGCCGAAAUCUCCUAACAAGAGGACAGACGCAGGAUGAGAUAAGCAAGCUCAGUGGGGCAGCAGUCUCCACUCGGGGGCGCUACAUGACUGCGGAAGAAAAAAUCAAAGUUGGCCCUGGUGAUCGUCCUCUGUAUUUGCAUGUCCAAGGGCAGACGAGAGAAUUGGUGGACCGAGCUGUCAACCGGAUCAAAGAAAUCAUCACCAACGGCGUCGUCAAAGCCGCCACCGGGUCCAGCCCCACCUUCAACGGGGCCACGGUGACCGUCUACCACCAGCCUGCCCCCAUUACUCCCUUGCCCCCAGCCGUGGGGCAAAAGACGCCCUUCCAGUCUGGCGGAAUGCACUAUGUCCAGGAUAAGCUGUUUGUGGGCUUGGAACACGCCGUGCCCACCUUCAGCAUCAAGGACAAGGUGGAAGGGCCGGGCUGCUCGUACCUGCAGCACAUCCAGAUAGAAACGGGGGCGAAGGUGUUCCUUCGGGGGAAGGGCUCUGGCUGCAUCGAACCCGCGUCUGGCCGCGAAGCCUUUGAACCCAUGUACAUAUACAUCAGCCACCCCAAGCCAGAAGGCCUGGCAGCAGCCAAAAAGCUUUGUGAAAACUUACUACAGACCGUCCACGCCGAAUACUCGCGGUUUGUGAACCAGAUCACCACUUCGAUGCCCUUAACAGGUACGUCUCAACCAUGCAGCUCAACGACAGCUAGUCCUCGACUUACAACAGUUCAUUCACCGACCAUUCCAAGUUGCAACGGGCCUGAAAAAAAGGGACUCAGGACCGUUUUUCACAGUUUAUGGCAGCUGAUGCCACCGCCGGCGUUACCAGUGACCGGGAUGAAGCCGGAGCCUGACGACCGAAACGGGUCCUUGGGGGUCGGCAACGAUCAUCCAGCCAAGAAGAUGAAAAGCACCGAAAAGGAACUCGGUCUGGUGGCCUACACCGGCGACUCGUCGGACGAAGAGGAAGACCAUGGGGGUCUUAAAAAUGCAAGUAGCUACUCCCAAACCUGGAGGUUAGGGUACCAGUACCCGUCGUCGCAGCAACGGGCGAAGCAACAGAUGCCCUUCUGGAUGGCCCCUUAGGGUCCCCUCCCCUCCGCCCCACUCUUCGCCCUCCGUCUCGAGCAAUAAAACCGCAUGUAUUUCCGAUCAAAAGACAAUGCCCGUGCAAACCCGGAAGCUCGUCUGCCACUCCCUGCUCUCUGCACAUGCUUUUGAGAUGCAGUUACGCCUCUUUUUUUUUUCUUCUUCUUUUUUCUUCUUCUUUUUUUUUUCCCGUGUGGCUGGGCUGUUUUCCCCGGCAUCCCUCCCCGAACGUCCGCCGUUUGGAGCGAUUCGUGGGGGGAAAAAAAAGAGGGGGGGCGGCAGGAAAGAAAAACCGCCGGCUACUUUUUGGGCGACACGACGGCCGUCGGUUUGGUGCGACGACUCGCAAAAGCAGCAUCCUCGCCUCGGCCCCCGGGCUCUGGAAUCUUCUCUGCAGCAUCUUUUCGGGGAAGGAAAGGCCUUUGGAAGAGGCGCCAGCCAGCCAGCUUGAAAACCCCCCCCCCCAACGCCACUCCGGCUGCCGUUCCGUGUUUGUUUCCUCGCCCACCUUCUGGAAUGGAGAACGGAGGAAAAAAACAAACCUUGUUUGACUGGAUCAUUUUUUUUUUGACUCUUCGAAUCUUUUCCCAAGAAGGGAUUUCUGUUCCUUUUUUCCCCAGCGUUUUUUUUUGGUACUUUUAUUAUUUCUUUUAUUUGAGCGUUAGAAAAAAAAUGCAGCUUUGGUAGCAGUGCAGGCAACCGUUUUUUGCAUCCUGCUGGAGUUCUUUCGCCUGGCUGAUUAAAAACACAAAAAAAAGGGCAAAGGAACGGCACACAACGGGGAGGGUGGGGGGGGAAUUCAGACAAUUCAGCUCAAGAAUUCAGCCCUGUGGCAUUUUUUUUGUGUCUUUUUUUUUUUUAAAAAAAUCCCAGCUUCCUCCAACCGGCAUCGAGUUCAUUUUGGCAUGGUUAACACCCUCCAAAUUGCAAGCGGCGACCACGUUUCGUUUUUGUGGUUGUUUUUCCCUUUUCUUUUUUUUUAAAUACUUCUCCUGGAAUUGAUAGAAGGCAGUCUUGGCCUUUGGUUUCUAUCGUGGUUCGGAACUAACCAGGACUGUUACCUGGUAAAAACAGGGGGGGUGUUAAUUUUUGUAUUAUUGCACGAUGAAAUGCGCAGCCUUGGAAAUGGAGAACCGCAGACUCUCGGCUUUCCUCUCUCUCUGUGUGUGUUCAGACUGCAAAAGAAUAUUUAAAAUAAUUGGAACAAGCGUCGGAUUAUCUCUUUUUCUGGCUGCUUCGCCCCAAAGCAACCCAACCCACCGACCCCUACCCCAAACCUCACUCUGUUCUCUGAUUUUUUUUUUCUACAUGUUGUAAAUAAAUUGAACCAUAAUUUCACGAUAAAUGUACAAAUGUACU